AGUGCCCGAUGCCAUCGCGAUAAAUCCACGGGUCAUCGGUACAGGCUCCUCCAUUUGGGCGCGGGAAAAGUAGAAAAUAUAGUUAUACCAAGGCAGUAAACCCCCGGCAUAAAAAACUAUCCAAGUAGUGCAAGAUAGGCGUUUUGCAACACUGCAACAGCGAGCACUUGACAACACUGGCGACAGCAACGCUAAUAUCGCAAAAAAAUAAUUUUGUGGAGAAAAAUCACUUUUGACGUAAUAAAUACCUAAAGAAAAGCAUUCAAAAUGCCCAAGGGUCGCGUAAGCAAUGUGUGGCAGCACUACGAUAUUAACGAGGAGUGCGAAAACUUUGCGAUAUGCCGUUACUGCGGCAACAAUAUAUCGCGUGGUGGCAUGGCAAGCAAUUUGAAGGGCAACAAUACGACCAAUUUGUGGACGCAUCUGCGACACAAGCACAGGGACGAGGUCCUGGUCAGUCCGGUGCAGCAGCGUCCACAGGCCCGCAUGAUCCCGAUCAUCAAGAAAGACAAAACCGUGCGGAUUACCAAGGCCAAGACGCUGAGGGAGCCGCUGCGUGUGGCCAAGCCGAAGAUCGAUUCCAACGUCGCCAGUUAUCUGGGCGAGGCGGGUGCUCUGCCGCAAAAGUGGGAGGAGUACGAGCAGAACGAUGAGAUCAGCGAGGACAUCAAGGACAUCAUAUACAGUGAGGAUCCACUGUGCUACAGCCCCAUACACGUGAUGGAGGACGAGGGGCUUGACCAGCCCGAGAAGCAAGUGACCGUGCUUACGCAUUCGACUUCAUCAGCCGGUGGAAGCAGCAGGCCAAGCGCUGUGGGCUCGGGGGUACAAGCCACUGUGGUGGCCUCCACGUCCUCCAGCAACAACUCGGCCAAGCAGCUGAAGAACAACUUGGAGACGUCCAUCGACCGGCUGACCACCGUCAGCGAACAGCUCAGCUACAUCAUUCAACAGAAUCACGAGGAGCACACCAAGGACGACGACUACUAUUUUGCUCUAAGCUUGGUGCCCGUGAUGCGCCACCUUUCGCUCAGUCGGAAGAUGUACGUGCGGUCAAAGAUCCAGGAGAUACUGUUCAAGGAGAGUGAGGACUCGCUGCCCGCCAAGGAUGAGUAGGCGCUCCAUUAUAUACAUUAACCCAGAGGAAUAAGAAGACGAGGAACGAAAUAAAAACAACUGGGCAUCUCUGCGUGUUGUAAACUAGGUUAAUAAUUAUACAUAUGUUAUGUAAUCAUUCUUUUAUUAAGUGCAAAUACUUUGAUUAUUCAAUUAUAUUUCCCAUUUAACUUUUAUUUAAAACUCAAAACGAAAUAAAGCAUUACGAAAUAAGAAAAA